AUGCUGUUUUGCUCUGCUAGAAUACAUAGGUUAGAGUGUGUCGAUAUUUCAGUUUUAAAGAUUGGGGGAGGUUGUAGGAGAACUUGUUCUGUGGAUAGUGGGUCGGAAGUGAUUGAUGAAGAUGAUUAUUUGGGUGAUGCAUUCAGGACUGAAGUUCACAAGACGUAUUUGUCUGAUGAGUGGAGUUCUUAUAUUCAUCAUGUCGGGGAUAAGUUUCAUGGUGCUGCUGAGCUCCGUGAGAAGCUCAGGAAGUAUGCAAUUGCAGUUGGUUUCGAGUUUGUUUUGCUGAGAAAUGAUUUGGACCGUAUUCAUGCAGUCUGUGCAAAUGUUGGAACCGAAGGAUGUGAUUGGCAUCUUCGUGCUUUUUCAUCAUCUGCCAAUGGUUGCCUUUACAUAACAGAGUUGAAUAAUAUUCACACUUGCAAGGGUGUAGUUAGGACUCAAAAGCACAAGCUUUUGGGAUCCAAGGUUGUCAAGACUUGCAUUGCUUCUGAUGUUAGCUAUAAUCCUUCAUUGACGCCAAGGGAGAUUAUGAGCAAGUUCAAAUCAACUUAUGGGUUUGAUAUUUCCUACAAGGUUGCCUUGAAAGCAAAGCAUCGGGCUAAGGAAGCGAUUUAUGGUUCCGAUGCAGACACGUUUAGCAAGUUAUCUUGGUAUAAGGAAGCUGUUUUGCAGAGUAAUCCCGGCUCUUCUUUUGUGUUGGAAGUUGAACCAUCGACAAAUCGUUUUCAGAGGCUUUUCGUAGCUUACGGAGGUUGUGUAGAAGGGUUUCAAUUCUGUUUGCCUGUGUUGUAUGUUGAUGGAACGUUUGGUUUCUACCCUCUAGCCAUAUGUUUUUGUGAUUCUGAGACAGAUGCAAACUGGACAUUCUUUUUCAAGCAUUUGAAGAGUCUGCUUGAACAUCAAGGAAGAGUUAUCACAUUUAUUAGUGAUCGGGGUGUUGGAUUGUUGAGUGCUUUCGAUAAGGUAUUUGCUGGUAAUCCUCAUCUGUUUUGUUACAAGCACUUGGUGGCGAACCUUGCCGGUAAAUAUAGGGGUAAAGGUAAUUCAAAAUUGAUUGAAGAUGUUAAGCAGAAGUUUUUUAAGGUUGCAUAUUCCUCUACUGAGAAGGAAUACCGUUUCAAUUUGCGGUUGCUUAGAGCAGUUGGUGGUGCCGAUAUUAUUGACCCUUUUCUUGCUGAAUUGCCUGUGGAAAAUUGGUGCCGUGCAUUUUAUACUAGUUGCCGAUAUGGAAUUAUGGCUAAUGGGAUUGCUGAAUCAUUUAACUCUUGGAUUGCAAUUGAGCGUUUGAUGCCAGUCUAUUGUAUGCUGGACCAGACAAGAAUUAAACAAAUGGAGAUGGCCGGUAAGAGGAGGGAAGAGGCAGAACGUUGGACCACAGAACUAACUCCCAAAAUGGAGGAAAGAUUGAAGGAGCAAAUGGAGAAAUCUCGUCGUUUCAGUGUCCAUUAUUCUAGCCCUGGAGUUUAUGAGGUUCGAUCUGACUUUUCAUAUGUAGUCAACAUCUCCGAUCAUUCAUGUUCAUGUGUGAAAUGGCAGAUCAAUUGUUUUCCUUGUCCUCACGGCCUUGCUGCAUUACAGGCUGCUUCUGUAAAUGUAUAUGAUUAUAUUGAUAAGUACUUUCAGGUUGAUAUGUUCAAGAAGAGCUACAGUUUUCCUAUCUAUCCGAUAACCAAUGUUGAUAUGUCUUCUUCAGAAUCUGCUUCUGAAUGUAUGUUACCUCCCCUUUCGAAGAGGCCCCCCGGGAGGCCUAGGGUGAAGCGGUUCAAGUCGAUUGGAGAGGCUGAAAAGAAGCUGAUGCGUUGUGGUCGUUGUGGCAAAAUGGGCACUCAUAACAAGUUGAGAUGCACUGAACCUCUCGUUCAGUAG